AGCCAUGCGUGCCUGAGCCACCAUGGACUCCCCCACCUCGUCCCAGGACGAACGCGAUAUCGAAGUGAACGUGGUCUCCGGGGCCUCUACUCCCGACAUCACCUGCUCGCUCAAAGACGACCGGAAGAGCCCCUACUAUGAGAAAGACAAAGACAAGGCGGCCGGCAGCGCCCCCUACACGAGUUUCUCCAUAUCUUCGAUCCUGAAUCGGGCGGAGCCGCGGAGGGAAUCCAAUGUGUUGGAGGCGGCGCUCGCGGCGCACCAUUUUGGCAAUGCUACUGAUGCUGCUAUGCUUUCUAGACUGGGCCUGAUCUCCCAGUGGGGGGCGCUGGCGGGCCGCUACGGGGGGCUGGUCCCCGGCGCGCCGUGGUACUGGGGGCCGCGCCCGCAUGAACGCAGUCCGCAGAGAGAGGACUCAACAACCAACGAGGAAGGGUCAGCGACGGGGUCCCCCCGCGCGCGGUCCCCGCCCCGCGCCGCCACCCCGCCGUCGCCCUCGCGCUCGUCCCCGCGCUCCCCUCGCCUCCACCCCGCGCUCUACCAGCCAGCAGACCAGAACGACUCCGACCCUGAUGUAGACGAGAGCGAUGAUUUCGACAAAGACGAGAAGCGAGACCCUAACCAGUCGCUGGGCAAACGAAAGAAGAAAACUCGGACGGUCUUCAGCCGAUCCCAAGUCUUCCAGCUCGAGACUACCUUCGACAUGAAACGGUAUUUGAGCAGCUCCGAACGCGCUGGCUUAGCUGCUAGUCUGCACCUGACGGAGACGCAAGUGAAGAUCUGGUUCCAGAACCGACGGAAUAAGUGGAAGAGGCAGCUAGCGGCUGAACUAGAGGCGGCAAAUAUGGCGCAUGCUGCUCAAAGAUUGGUGCGCGUCCCUAUUCUGUACCACGAGUCGCGGCCGACGGGCAUGCCGCACACACCCAUGCCAUUACACCCGCAGUUCUCCAAUGAGCCUGGAGUGUACUUCCAGCCCCAAGCCCCGCAGCAGCUCCAACCGCUGCCACCCUCGCCAGUCACCUCCAGAGCGCCGCUCUCCGGACUCGUCUAGCUGCCACUAGAUGGCGCUGAUAGCAUGUUCUCUGACGGACGGUGUUAGUGGAUGUGCGGACUAGUCAAAUUAUGAAUGCCAAAUUUGUGUAGUGUUUAAGGGUUUAAGUGUAAAUUAUGCUGUAACUAAGAUGUGGUAAUCGUAACGUACAAAACUAUCAUUCGAAAUUGUUGUAAAUGAUUGUAAAUAAGGAGCGUAGGAGUAUUUGUAAUUCAACGUAAAUAAAUAUUUAUUCGAUUAGGUUUAAGUGUAAAUAAAUGUUAGGUGUACAAGAACUGAUUAUGCUUUGUUAGAACGUAAGUAUGAAUUUGAAGUUUUAUGACAUGAGGCAACGAAAUAUUCAAUCUUCAUUAUUAUUGAAAGCAGUACUGAA